AUUUCGUUACAAACUUCAUCGUUAAUCCCCCAUUGUUGUUCUUCUUCCCUACAGAACAUUAUUGUAGCAUGUCAAAGCUGCCAUUGUUGGGUCACCUGGUGGCCGCUUAUGCUUUAUUUCUACUUGUAUUUCCCGGUGCUUGCCUCGCUAGGCAUCGAAAUCAGGAAUGUGAGUCCGUUUUCUGUGGAAGCUUGAAUAUCAGUCAUCCAUUCCGAUUAAAAGAUCAACCUCGCCGAUGUGGUGACCAUAGGUAUGAACUUGAGUGUGAUAAAAACAACCGCGCCACUGUUGUUUUGGAAGAAGGGGAAUUCUCUGUACUGGAAAUCUUUUACGAAAAUGGUUCAAUGAGAGUGGUUGAUGCAAACCUCAACAUGGAUGAUUGUAACUCCCUUCCUCUCAGUUCAAUGCAUCCCCAGUACCUAUAUUUUUCUGGGUUUUUCAACCCCUCCUGUGAAGAUCAUAGUUAUUAUGGGAAUCAAGACGGGCUUUACUUUGCAUAUGUUUUAAACUGCACGGAACCUAUAAAAUCAUCUUGGUAUAUUGAAGCCUCUCGUUGUGCCACCGAACUUGCUACUUCCUAUUACUAUUUCUUCCUUGAUCCUACGGCUGCAUCAGAUCUCAGUCAAUCUUGCACUGUGGAAGCUAUCGUUCCGUUUGUGUCUGAUCCUAUGGAACGGCCCGUCACAACGCGGGGUAUCUACAGGGAUAUAUCCAAGGGUUUUGUGCUUUCAUGGUGCAAUUUCAGCAGCAGCGGUGGACUUUCAUUUCAAGACGUAUUGUACCAUGUACGAUAUGGCCUCCAAGUGUAUUUCCGCUACAUUUACUACUACUAUGUUGAAGGCGAAAUUGAUUACUAUAAGGCUUGCAGCUUAUGUAUUGGAGUACCAGCUGGAGCUAUCAUACUGAGGACUUCGUCUGGAAUACUUUGUUUGGUCGUGCUUGUGAUCUACAAAUGGAGAAGAAGGCAUUUAUCAGCUGAUGAUAAGAUUGAAGAGUUCCUUGAAAACUACAAUCUUUCACCAAUUAGAUACUCUUUUAAACAAAUCAGAAAAAUGACUAGAGGUUUCAAAGAAAAAUUAGGUGAAGGGGGCUACGGCUCCGUGUUUAAAGGAAAACUUCGUAGUGGACAUCAUGUGGCAGUGAAAUUGCUUGGCAAAUCAAAGGGUAAUGGCCAAGAUUUCAUAAAUGAAGUUGCCUCUAUGGGGAGAAUCCAUCAUGCUAAUGUGGCAAAACUCGUUGGAUUUUGUGUGGAGGGAUCAAAGCAAGCUCUUGUAUACGACUUCAUGUCAAAUGGAUCUUUGGAUAAAAUCAUAUUUACGGAAGAAAAUAAGAACGCUCUGGGCUGGAAAAAGAUGCUUGAGAUUGUGCUUGGGGUGGCUCGAGGAAUCGACUACUUGCAUCAAGGGUGUGACAUGCAAAUUUUGCAUUUUGAUAUCAAACCACACAAUAUUCUUCUAGACCACAAUUUUAAUCCAAAAGUUUCGGAUUUUGGUCUUGCUAAAUUGUAUUCAGUCGAUGAGAGCAUCGUGUCUCUCACUGCAGCACGGGGAACAAUAGGAUACAUUGCUCCCGAAUUGGUAUACAAAAACCUAGGAGGCAUUUCAUACAAAGCCGAUGUUUAUAGUUUCGGGAUGUUACUAAUGGAGAUGGUGGGAAAGAGAAAGAAUGUGAAUGCAUUUGCCGAUCACACCAGUCAAAUCUAUUUUCCGUCUUGGAUUUAUGACCGAUUGGAUCAAGGAGAGGACAUGGAGCUUGGAGAUGCUUCUGAUGAUGAAAAAGUAAUGGUUAGGAAGAUGCUAAUAACAGCCUUUUGGUGCAUACAAUUACAUCCCGCUGAUCGUCCAUCGAUGAGUAAAGUCUUGAGGAUGCUUGAAAAUGAGGAUGAGUUACUUGAAAUGCCUCCAAAACCAUUUCAUCGACCUCCUGUUGACACAUCAUCGAAGUUUCACUGUGGUGAGAGCCCUAAUAUUGAUGAGUCAACUACGUCAAUGGAUUCUAUUACCGUAAGCAGCAGAUCAAAUGUGGUUUGAGAUCGGAAGCAUUUUAUUUCUUUGCAGCUCUAUAUUAUUUUGCAUUUUAUAUGUACUUGUAUAAUGUUAUAUGUGGAGCAUAUCU